ACGCAACACGUGAAAAAAUCUAAAAAAGCACGCGUGCGAUCUUCCAAGCGGAAGCAGUCAACGACAUUCGAAUCAAAACAACGCGAAACAAUGUGAAUUAUGAACAAAAAACGAAGGUAUAAAUUGAACUAAGUCAUAUUUAAGUGAAUCACUUGUUACACUUAAGUAUCAACCAUGUGGACGUCAAAAACGAAGAAUAAAUUCAAAACAAUGGAGCCACGAAAAAGAAAAACAGGCGUUUAUCGAAUGGAAUCCACCGAGCAGAUUGUCUUUGAGAACAAUCGGUUUCUAAGCACGCUUGUGAUAGGCAAAAGAAAAAUUUCCGAUGAUAUGUUUCCGCCGGGCAGUGCGGGCAUUUUCCGGCAGAAGUCAAUCGGUUCGUGUGAUCAUGACCACCGCAACGGUAGCCAUCUAUCGUUCAGCGGAUGUGCUCGUGCCGCUCGGCAGUCGAUCGGCAACAUCGGCAGUAUACUGACGCGGAAGAUGGCCGCUUCGACGUCGCAGACGACUCAGCCCUGGGGCAACACCAAGGAUGAAUACGAGCUGGGAAAAGUUAUCGGUGUUGGAGCAACGGCCGUUGUACAUGAGGCGCUGUGCAAACCGCGCAAUGAGAAGUGCGCCAUCAAGCGCAUUAACCUGGAGAAAUGGAACACCUCUAUGGAUGAACUGCUCAAAGAGAUUCAGGCCAUGUCCAGCUGCAAUCAUGAGAAUGUUGUCACAUACUACACUAGUUUUGUUGUGAAGGAAGAACUGUGGCUGGUGUUGCGCCUACUUGAAGGUGGCAGUCUUUUAGAUAUCAUCAAGCAUAAAAUUAGAGUGCAAAAUUGCAAGCAUGGCGUGUUCGACGAGCCGACGAUUGCGACAGUUCUCAGAGAAGUCCUUAAAGGGCUGGAGUAUUUUCAUAAUAAUGGACAAAUACAUCGGGAUAUUAAAGCAGGCAAUAUUUUGCUGGGUGAAGACGGCACCGUACAAAUCGCCGAUUUUGGUGUUUCCGCAUGGCUAGCGACAGGUAGAGAUCUUUCUAGACAGAAAGUGCGGCAUACCUUUGUCGGAACUCCAUGCUGGAUGGCACCGGAGGUGAUGGAGCAAGAUCACGGAUAUGAUUUUAAGGCGGAUAUUUGGUCUUUUGGUAUUACAGCGAUAGAAAUGGCGUCAGGGACGGCACCGUAUCAUAAAUAUCCCCCUAUGAAAGUACUCAUGCUCACUUUACAGAACGAUCCGCCAAAUUUAGAUACUGGUGCUGAAGAAAAGGAUCAAUAUAAGGCCUAUGGUAAAACCUUCCGUAAAAUGAUCGUUGAUUGCCUACAAAAAGAACCCAGCAAACGCCCGACGGCAGCUGAGCUCUUAAAACAUCCAUUCUUCAAAAAAUCAAAAGACAAAAAAUUCCUUCAAACAACCUUAGUGCCAACCGGUCCUAGUCUGGAAACGCGUGUACAGAAAGCGAGCAAACGCCAACCUGGAGCUAGUGGUCGUCUUCACCGAAAGGAGACCGGUGAAUGGGUAUGGUCGUCUGAAGACGAAGAUGGCGGGUCAGCUGGUAGCGGAAGCGAUAGUGACGUACCCGAUUCACGUCCGAUGAACACAAUCGCCAUGUCGGCUGGUAGCGAUUCCGAGCACGAGGAUAGCUCUGAAGGGGAUGCGCCACCGGUUAAUUUAGUGUUACGGAUGAGAAAUGCUAAGCGAGAAUUGAAUGAUAUUCGAUUUGAAUUCGCCGUGGGCAAGGACUCCGCCGAGGGCAUAUCAACCGAGUUGGUGAGCGCUGGUCUGGUGGACAACAAGGACAUUAAUGUCAUCACGAGCAACCUUCAGAAGCUCAUCGAGGCGCGCGAGUCGACGAAAGUCGUCACGUUUCCGUUGAACUCUGCGGCGGUUGGAGAAUUGGCCGACGACAAGGCGUUAAUCGGCUUCGCACAGAUCUCGAUAACGGACUAAUGACGGCCGCUGCCUGGCGGCACUCCUUUUAUAUCAGAAGAAACACCUCCACAUCCACCAGAGAUCAGCUGACGCGAAAAUUACACCCCUGGAGGGUGGACCACAGCCUAUUGUUUCGCCGAUCCGAUCUUCCUCUCUAGUUUUAAAUAUCGCAACCAGCCGAAAAAAUGAUUGAUAUAUUAUUCGAAACUAGAAGCACUCCGUACUUAAUCUUAGUAACGAUUAUACACUCCUUAGUUGUUAUUGAAACAAAACGCAAAUGAAUGAAAAUUAAUGAUGCAUGUACACAAUAAACACACGUACACAAGAAAACACUCGCACCUACACAUACCAAACAUAUGAAAAUGCAUUAUACAAGAAGACGAAGAAAACAAUAACUAUUAAUUCUAUUAUACAAGAUGUUAUUAUUUAUAAUAUAUUAUAUAGAUAUAUAUGUAUAGAUUAAAAGUUAAAUGUUUGAUUAGUCAUUAGAUGUUAGCGGCGCUAGUUACGACACGCAUACAGGGUGUUUGCAUUGUGCGCGUGGUGAUUGUGACCAAAUUGCCUUAACGCACGAACACUUAACUUAACGCGGGCAGGAUAUCAUUAUCAGUGCGUGCGGUGCGCGAAAUGAGAAUUGUAAGAUGCCUAACAAACCCAAACUAAAAAAUGUAGUUUUUAUAGUAUGUGCCAACUUGUGAAAUGCGCGAAUGGCUUCUCCCGUGACUUGAAAGUAUGAUUGAAUGAAAUAAAUAAUUAUAUUUAUGACAAA